AAAAUGUAUAUUUAUCGAAGUAAUCGUACACCUACAAAAUAGUAGGUAUUUGACCUUAUAAAUCACAAGUGGUAUUCAUUAUAGUCCACUAUAUUUUAUGUCUAGUACCUUGCACAGAGGGCUACUUACUAUUCGCUGAUGCCGACGGUCAUAAUUUAAUGUAAUUUAAUGACAUCGGAAUGAAAAUCGUUUUAUCAUUUUGAAAACCGUUGCAGAACAUAAAAUUAAACUUGGUAACUGGAAACAUUACUAGGAAGGAGCACUCUGUGUUAACUUGGAACAUAUUAUAUUAUUAUACAUUAACGCUUGCAACUAUCAUACUGGCGUACGUUACGUACGUGACGUGACGUACAUUAGGUAUACAUAUGUACUAUUUAAAUAAUAGGUAAUUAUUACAAACUAUUUUCUAACUGGGAUAAUUUUAAUAAAUACCAUUUUUAUAGUGGGUGAUUGAGCUUGGUCAAUAAAAGUAGGUAUCAAAAAUAUUAUUGUGUUCCUUGCAUAGGUACGAUACGAAGCAAUUAACAACUGUCAACUUACUAAUAAGUACCUAUACAUCGUGACAUUCAAUUUGGAAAGAGUUUGUACUACAUCUUGAAACAGCGUUGUUCACCUGCAUCCGUGCAUGUCCCCAGUCCACUCCAACAUGAUGCAUAUUGUCAUUCAUGUCAUUGUUCAUAGGCAGAGGCACGAGUGGCAGGACAUCGAACUCCAAACAAAGCCGUAACAACGAGACGGUUCUGUUCACCAAGUGCUCAGCUCAUUCCAAGCUUUGUAGUUGGCGGGAUUUUUACGAUAAAUAGAUUAUCAUCUAUUUUAUUGGAAUUUAGGACCUAUUUGAUUUGUCCCGAAAACUCAUAACAUUGAAGAGUAUUAGUUUUUUAUUUAAAAUGAGAUAAGGCAUUAAAGAAAAAUAACCGUGAUAUCCUAGCUAAAACGCCUUUGAAACCAAGCCAAGAAUUCUAGAUACGAAAAAAAAUGCAUUUGACAAUUGACGUUUGUUUGCCGACGUUUCGUUUGCCGAUUUACGUUUUUUGAAAUUUCUUGCCUAAAAAUAGUUUAUUUUCCCUAUUUGUACUUCCGCUACUCGUUACAUUACGUGCAAUUAUUGUUUACGUUGAUAAUUGAUUGUAUUUCAGCAAUGAACACAUGAAUUUUAACAAAAAUACAGUACUUUCUGAUGUUGUUUGGUGCGCGUAGAUACCUGUAAACAAAUUGUAAAAAGUCUCCAAAGUGCUGGUUACCAGAUGUUUUGUUUGGCUUUAACAUAGUAACAAAUGUGUUCUGUAUUUGCCCUUAUAUAUUGUUUGUUAUAAUAUUAUUGUUUUGUCAGAAAAUUAUUGAAGAGUUUGCGAUGGAGGGGAGCUACAGCGACAAGUAUAUCUUUAUUGGUGAAUGGUACGACAACCAAGCGAGCCUUAUCCGUCGGUUCAAUGUGUCUUACUACCCUACAGACGAUACAGUCGAAAUGUACGACAUUAAAAACCGGAAAACAUUUAUACGUCGUGUCAAAAUAAAUGGAAUCACAAUUGAUCAAUUUUACAUUGGCGGCACACUUAAUAUCCUGGGUCGACUGGUGAAAAUAGUUGACUUUGCUUGUGAAAAUACUAAAAACAGGAUUCAAAAGGAUAUGGAAGUGACAUUUGCAAUGAUAAAACCCCUGCCAACUAGUACAGCAGGUAAAAUAAUCACACACUUUAUGGAGGCUGGUCUACGCAUUACUAGGAUGAAGAAAGCACGCCUCACCACAGAAGACAUCAGCACCAUUUACAAGACAAUGUUGACUGAUCCUACCUUCCCAUUUCUGUUAGACCACCUAACAGGGCAAUUGGUUAUUGGUGUUGAGUUGGUUGGGAAAAAUGCUGUGGAUUUCUCCAAGAAGAUGUCUGGAGACAGGGAUCCUCUGAAAGCUGAGCCUGGGACCAUAAGGGCAUUGUAUGGCAAAGACAAAGUCAGAAACUGUCUACAUAUAGCACAUGAUGCUGAAUGCGCCAAGAAGGAUUUGGAAUAUUUUUUCCCGCCUCCUGCUUACCGUACGACGCGGUUGCGGCUGACGGCGACGCUAUCCAACUGCACCCUGUGUAUAGUGAAGCCACACGCGGUGCGCGAGGGUAAGCUCGGCAGAAUCCUCGAGUGCAUAGACGAGGGAGGCUUUGAUGUCACAGCCCUUAACAUGAUGAUGGUUGAAAACGUCAAUGCCGCAGAGUUCUAUGAAGUGUAUAAGGGCAUUGUACCUGAGUAUAAGGGAAUGGUGGACGAACUUGCUAGUGGCGCAUGUGUAGCCAUGGAAAUUGUAGCCAAGGAUAGAACCCUCAAUUCUGCUGUUGAGUUUAGAAAAUUGGUCGGCCCUACCGAUCCAGAAAUAGCCAGAUUGCUGCGGCCGCACACACUUAGAGCCAAGUUUGGGACAAGCAAGGUAAAGAAUGCUGUACACUGCAGUGAUUUGUCCGAAGAUGGACUCCUGGAGGUGGAAUACUUCUUCAAGAUAUUAGACUUAUAGACCAAGGCUGAUUACUUAUUGUUACGAUACUAUGCUUUAAAAUUCACUGUGUGAACAAGCGUGAGUGAAGACAUUCAGGUAUUUCUUAGCACUUUUUUUUACUAGCUCAGAGUUAACUUUGAUUUUUAAUACGGCUAUCAUUUUUUAUGUGCUAUUAGCCUAUUAUAAUAUUUAUUUUCGUCAACCAAAGACUGACGUGUGUAAAAUAGAUACUCGAAAAAUAUUCUAUAAAUUAAUCGCUUAAAUCUGUUGGCGAAAUUGGAAGUCUCUGUUUUUAUGAGAGUGGAAUGUUAAUGUGAGAUUAUAUUAAUUUAAUAAAUAAUUCUACAUUUGA